UCCUCCUCGGAGAGCCUCGCGCCGGACAGGGAACUUCGCAAGAUGAGGGGCGCGGAGCUGGGGCGCUUCUGCUCGCAGGUCUUGCAGAAGCACAAAUUUGUCCCCUUUGCCUGUCGCUCUAUCCAAUUGUUUUAUCUGAAGGCAUCACCACUUGCCUUUCUAUGCUCUCUUCAACACCUGGGCUGCAGAUUGACUGGCACCAGUUCUUCUGGACAAAGCGAAGCAAAUGUGUCCCAUGGAAGCUGUAAAACAGACACCAAUGAAGCCUCUCAGAAGCUUCUAGAGACUCUUGCUACUUCCCAAGUAGAGCCAGGGAGACCAGCUGAUUCAGAUCUCCUGAAGCUGGGGAAGGUGGCAGAUCCAUUCUUGGACAUGGGGCUAAGCCCUGCUCAGAUAACACACUUGUUCAGCUUGCAGCCAUAUGCACCUCCUCAGCUCAGGUUGGCUGUAGUUUCAGAGCUCCUCCUUCUGGGUUUAAGCACAGACGCCACACUAAAUGUCUUACAGAAGAGCCCUGAGUUGCUGGGAAUGUCAUCAAAGCAUAUAAAGGACCGUGCAGAUCUGCUGAGGAGGCUGGCGUUCAAGGAAGUGGGCCUUAACCAUAUGGCAGUUCAUUUUCCAAGAAUUUUUACCUUGCCACAAAAGAGAAUUGAGGUCCUAGAGAAUCUCCUCAAAGAAAAAUGCCUUUUCUCUGUGCAGCAGAUAUCAAAAAUUCUGCAAACAUGCCCAAAUAUUUUGAUGGAGGAGCUAGGUGAUGUGGAAUACAAAUUCCAGUUUGCUUAUUUCAGGAUGGGGAUUAAACACAGAGAAAUAGUGAAUUCUGGUUUCUUCCAAGCAUCACUGGCUGAGAUUAAAAACCGGGUAAUUUUCUUGGAGCGAUUGGGACUCUAUCAAACUCCUGACAAGAAAGGACAGACCCAGGUUGUCAACCCCAAACUGAAAAGCAUAAUUAGAGCUGCUGAAAGUGACUUUAUAGAAAAAUUUGCCUGUUCCUCAUUGGAAGAGUAUAAUAUAUUUAAGAAAUUGCUGGCCCGUGAAGAAGAACAGAGGCGGAAAGAGGAGGAAGCUGCAGAGAAAAACGAUCUCUCAGAUUCAGAGAAUGAUGGCGAAGGGUCUGAUUCAGACUAAGUACAUAAAAUUAAAAAUCUCUGAAGUUUGGUACUGGUAUAAUCUGUUUGUCUAGAAUUGGCUUGAGCACUGGGGAAUGAAAAUGCAUCAGUUGUGUAAAAAUGAGAGGUGGUGGUCAAUAAGGGUAAAGUCUACUCAGCAGCUGUGUAAAAGCAAUGGAACCCAAAAAUGUUUGUGAUCUGUCAUUACUCUGGCUUGUUCCUUUAGAACCACCACACAUUUUGAGAAUCGUGGGGUAAACUUGAGGUGGGAGUUCUCAAGAUGGACUGAGGAAUUCCUCUACAUCAGGGUCUCUCCAUCUGUUAUUGACUCCCAACUCCCCAGCCAACAAGGUCAUGGAUUAUGGAAAUCCAAGAACAUGUGAAGAGCAACUGGUUACCCACCUCUACUCUAGAUGAUAAGAAUGCACUUCAUUUUAAGAAUGGCAACAAUUCUGUUUUCUCUGAGGGACUUGAAAUAGGCAAUGCUAGGGAUGGAUUGUCAAGGAAGAUGAAAUGCAGCCUGUGAAGUAAAAAGUCAGAUGUUGUUUUCAGAACAGAGAAGGAGGUGUUGUGGGUUCUGUGAAGUAAAACUUAGAUAAUGAUUUAUGGAAGAGGAAAUGUGGGCCUAGGUGCAGUUUGUAAGCAGAAAUUUCAUGCUCAGGAUAGCAAACAGGUUUUGCUGGUAGUUGGUGGCUGACAACUGCUAAAAUUGUUGGUAAAGGUAGCCAACUGGCAUCCUCACGUAUUCUUAAAGAAAGCAGACUAGCUUUUAAAUAAAUUGUAUUUUAAUCUAAAAUGCAAAACAAAAUAACUUUGACAGAAUAAAAUCUUUUUUAGUUUAUUGCUGCAUUA